UAAAACUUUCAAAUUGUAUUGUUGUAGUCAAUCAAAAAUGCUGAAAACGCUUUUAAUACUUUGCGGUUCUCUCCUUUUGUGCGAGGGAGGUUUGGUCAAAAUUCCGCUCAUAAAGUUUGUAGAGGAAAAGAAUCUGUCUCAUGAGUUACAAAAACUGCAAAUUAAAUUUAAUAUAACCGAUAUUGCGACAAUGCCUCCGAAAUAUCAUUACCUUGACUUUUCCUUUUACGGUAAAAUUACAAUUGGAACACCACCACAAGAUUUUUUGGUCUUAUUUGAUACCGGUUCCCAUUUGUUGUGGGUACCUUUGAAAACCUACACCUUGGAUAAUGAAGAUUUCGGACGUCAUCAUCAAUAUGAUCCUGAAAAAUCGCAAACCUAUCAACUUAAUGGCCAACCGUUUUUUAUGAUAUAUGAAAGCGGCUAUUUGUCGGGACACUUAGUCGAAGACACGGUAUCGCUCGCAGGUAAAGAGAUACAAAAUGUUACUUUCGGCGUAGCGACAUAUCGACCGGAUGCCACUUUUCGUUAUGCUCCCUACGAUGGUGUUAUGGGUAUGAGUUUCUUUAAUUCGUCUCUUCAUUAUGCGCCACCAAUUUUUUACGACCUAAUGAAACAGCACAAGCUGGAGGAAAACGUCUUCUCAUUCUAUUACCUACGUAAUGGUAGCACUCGUCUAGGCGGUGAGCUAACAUUAGGCGGAAUCAAUCCUGAUCAUUUCGAAGGUCAACUUCAUUAUGUGAACAUUUCGCGUAAAUAUCAUUGGCAGUUUGAGGUGGAAUCAGCUCAUGUGAAUAAAAUACAAGUAUGUAAGAAAUGUCAAGUGAUAGCCGAUACGGGUUGCAACGGUAUCGGUUUGCCUAGAGACGAUUAUCAUAGAGUAAAUCGCGCUAUAGGUGCGACCAUUGAUCCAGAAACAUAUCAAUUUGUGGUAGAUUGUAAUAAAAUUAAUCAAUUACCAGAAAUCACUUUCAAAAUCGGUGACGGCAUAUUCACAUUGAGCGGUCAAGAUUACAUUAAACGUCUGAAUAACCGAUGCGUUUCAGGUUUCCACAACAUCGGUAGCGCCAAGUUUUGGAUUUUGGGUGAUUUAUUCAUUGGAAAAUACUAUACGGUGUUCGAUUUUGACAAAAGUCGCGUUGGAUUUGCUAAAACUAAACAAAAUAUUCAAAUAACAAUUUAACAUACAAAUAUAAAUAAAAUCAAAUUAAACU